CGUCAAAAAGGGGAGAGAGACGGGGGAGAGAAAGAAAGAGAAGCACUAAGAAGGUAUAGAUGGAGGAUUACAUACUUCUGCGAGAGGAGGAGUAUCCCAGCCUGCUGGAGGAAUUAAAAAAACUGCUGCCGGCGUCACUUAUGGUGUAUUAUCCAUUGAUGUUGGCCAAUGAAAAUCUCCUCCGGAAAUAUAAAACCGUCUGUGUCGACAAAUGGCCGGAGUUUGAUUGUGUGUUAGAGGUGGAAAACUUGGCUGAUGAUGUGUCCCCACACAGAGUGAAUGCCUUCUGUAGGAGGGAGGAAUGUAGUGUUCGUCUAAAUAGCAUGAUUUGUCAGCUCCUUCAGAAAUCACCAUGCGAUAUUCUCGUUUACGGUGGACCAAGACGGAUGAAGGAGAUAAUUUCUAAGUCAGGCGAUCCAAACACCCCUAAGAUUUCGGCUUCAGGGUGCUGUGGAUCCAAGAGUGUUCAAGGAACUGGCCCCACAGAUCUUGGAUUUAGCAAUGCCUACAGAGUAUCCAAAGAUACCUUAAAGCGAUGUGAAGUUCCUCCCAAUUUUUCUGUCACAAGCAUAAAGAAAGAAUACAUGGACUUAAUCCUAACUAAUUGGCCGCACUCAAAAGUUUUAAGUGAUGCAAAGGAAUUUUUCACACCUAUGGCCACCUCCUUGGAAUCUGUUUGUAUCCUCAACGAAUCAGGAGAACCUGCGGCUUGGGGUUUUGAACAACAUUACGGAGCAAUUGGGCUUAUAUAUGUAUUACCAGAGUACCGUAGGAAGAAACUCGGCAGUGCUGUUGUUUCUCUUCUCUCGGAGAAAAUCCUUAGGAAACAUGACUUUGUGUACACAGCUAUUGAGGCGGAAAACACCAAGUCCAUUACAUUGCAUAAAAAGCUUGGCUACGAGGAAUGUGACGUAUAUCCUGAACGUAUCUUCAACUGGUUUCUUUACGAGAAAGAAAAGAAAGGAACAGAUAAAUGUUGUCAGUAGUUCUA